GAAGCCGCAGUCGCCUCUAACGAUCCUCUCGCGAAGGUAACGCGGGAUAACUUGUGAUCUUUUUUCCGUGCGCUAUUAUCGUUCAUUGGGCACCAUGGAGCACACACGACGUCUCUUGUUCCUUGCAUGGGUGGCUGUUUUCUGGACCUCUGCCCUCGGUCUUCAACGACCCCCGCCUAGGUACUCGCAGCAGGAAAUGCCGGAGACAUCCUUCAGUUGUCGCAACAAGAUCGUAGGAAGCUAUUACGCGGACGCUGAGACCGACUGCCAAGUGUUUCACGUAUGCGUGUCUGUGUCCGGCACCGUUCAGGAUUACAAGUUCUUAUGCCCGAACGACACAGCCUUCGACCAGGAAAGCCAAACAUGCGCCGAUUGGUACGACGUGGACUGCGAAGCCGCCACUUUGUACUACGCCAGUGACAAUUUCGAUUUGUAUAGAAUCGGAUCCGGGUUGGAAUCCCUCCAUUACGACAGUAUACGUAGCGACGCGGAGCCUCAGGAUCAUCUUCAGCGCAGCGAGACCAGCGACCCUGUUCGCUCGUCCGCCAACAACCUCAACAGAAUAUCCCCCAGUUACAAUUCCAACAACAACAACAACAACAGAGACCUACGCGGCAGCAACACCGGCAAUUUUUAUAACAGGAACGGUAAAGAUGACGAUUACGAGAACGAAAAGUCCUACAAGGACGAGGUUUCUCAAGAGACGAAGAAGAAGACUGGAGUGAGGAAAGUCAGUAGGAAGCAGCAGCUGAAUGAAAAUAAUUACGUCUCGUCGAGCACACCCGCACCUGCGCCUGUCGCCAAUCAGAACACCUACACCGGCUUCUACAGUGGGAAUAAUUAUAAUCAACGAGCCAAUGGCUUCGUCCAGUCGACCAGUUCGAGGCCUCAAGAAAAUUAUAACAGAAAUCAGAAUGGACAGGUUUACAAUGUACCAUCAUCCACGUACAAACCCUCCACCAACUAUCAGAACAAUUAUAAUUUCCAGAGUCCCAGUACGACGUCCAAGACGACCAUCUACAACGCCUAUAAUCAGAAUUAUAAUAAUCAACAGAACAAUGGUAAUUUUGGUCAGAGCACAACCGCGAAGCCGGCUAAUUACAACAAGAAUUAUCAGAGUUACAGCAACGGACAAUUUUCACUGCCGACUACUUUGCAGCCGAGUACCAAUUACCAGGCGAACGAUUACACGAAUUAUCAGAGAAAUUAUAAUAAUAUUCAACGCACGAAUGGUAAUAAUGUACCUUAUUCGACUACCACCGCUUCGCCUGUUUACGAUAACACGUACAGUAGUAAUAAUAAUGGACAAUACAGAGCAGCCACGUCUACCAGGCAAGACGUUGCUCAAACUACAAAGUAUUUCCCGAGUUUCGCGAGCAGCAGUUACGCGCCUACAACCUACAGCCCGGCUACAAAGAAGUAUAUAGAUAACAGCCAGGCGCAGACUGUGGCCAGGAACACAGAGAACGGGCAGUAUUACGAGAAAUCUAGCCAGUCGAUCAAGAGUUCGUCCCAGUAUUACGACAGCACGAAAACUCCGAAAAAGGCUACUCAGUAUAAUUACGACAACGGGAAAUAUUAUACCGAAAGUAGUACCAGUAAUUACGAAUUCGCGAGAUCGUCCGUUGGGAUUGGGUUCAGUCCUGCGAGUAUCAAUCAUUUGGCUGAGACACCGCGAUCCACCACUCCAGUGCCAAGAAGAGUUUCUACCGUGACCACGUAUAAUCCGAAUAGCUUCAAUUCGAACACGCAAAAAGCAUCGCAGCCACAGACGACACCCCGAGCAAGUACGUACGUGAGUGGGUCAGCCAGACCCUUCUCGUCGACGACCAGGCUAGCGAGUAGCACUACGCAACGACCGAAAUCCGGCAAGAAGAAUGAUUACGAUUACGCCUACUAUGAUAACACAGCUGGUCUCGAAUACGAUAGUUUGGACUUGGAACACGUAACCGGAAAUAAGGAAUCGACGAAGAUCGCGAGGAAUUGAUCCGAUGGACGAUGGAUCAAUUAGGAAAAACCAUCCAUGCCACGCGAGAAGAAACUUUGAAAUAAUCGUGGCCAGUGUAUCGUCAAAAUCGGUUUUCGAUGAUAUAUAUAUAUAUAAAAAAAAAGGAGAAAGAAUUGAAAACCGAUUUUGUUGUAAAGAGUAGAUUAUUGUUUUAAGCACACAUGGAGAUCCUUUUUUAUUAUAAAUUUAAUUAUGACGAGUUUUCCAACCGAUCUACUCUUUCUCUUCUUUUUUUUACAGUAUUGUAGGAUAAAGAACUGUGUUUGUAUAAGUUAAUGCUUGCGUGUAUCGUUAAAUUAUUAGUAUUAGAGAAACUGUUUAAUGAUAAUGGUAAUGUAAUGCCUAAUGGAAAGAGAAACUUGACUACCUGGUAUUAAUGUAUCAAAAUUGAUAAAUAAUUGGCAUAUUUCAGUAGUUAGAUAUUUUUUCGUUUGCAUUGGCAAAUUGAAAAAUUUUGUUUUUAUAUUACACUCCUACAAAUUACUUGUUUCAUAUAAAUGUAAAUAAAAUAUACGAUAGUAACAGUCAUUUUUUGUAUACACCUAAAUGACACACGUAUGCUACGAUAGCUAUAUUGUGUACCAUGAAUCGUUAGACCAA